AUGAACCUGGGUGUCAAGCAAGAGUCGUUCCGCAUAGAGACGAUGAUGAGCUCUUUGCGGGAGGAGUGCUUUAAUUUGUGUUGCAAGGACCUGUACAGGGAGGCAGAGCUCACCAAGGACGAGGUGCACUGCAUUGACCGCUGCUCGUGGCGGUACCUGCACACGAACAAGAUCGUGUCUAACUCGCUGGAUCGCAAGAAUCAAGGCGGAGGCAAGAAACUGAUGUAA